UCAGAAAAGUAGAGGACCGGCCAAUACCGACAGAUUCUGUCCGGUACUGAGCCGGGGCUCGACAGAGCCCAGGAGACCUCUGGGAGUGUUAGCCAGCCAAGGAGUGCGCAGGCGCAGACUUUCUGGCUCGCCAUAGUCGUCUUUGUCUGCCGACCAGCUUCCUUGUGUAUCCCUAGGAACUGCACUUCCUUUACCCUUCAAAACCAUCAAGGGUCCUUUGGUCUCAGCAUGAAUUAUGGGAUACUGCUUUGACCCUCAAGAGUAAUGUCGCAAGUCCUAUGUGUCACUGUUUAAACAAGAAGAGCAAUGGAUAACUGAGGAAGAAAUGUAAAGGAGGUGCUUUCCAGAAAAGGUCUGAGAAAUUUAUAAAUAGAUGAAGACUCAGCAUAGAAGAAAUCGGAGUUAAGUCUCAUCCUUCUCCAUGAAAAUAUAGCUAAGAAAAAAGUCAGAAAACCUGGGAGUAACAGAAAAGUAUUUUCUCUGAGUACAGAUGUUGAUUCUUUAAGACUACAUCUCUAUGUAUGAGAUUCAGUUUAAGAGAGCUCAGAACAUAAUUUAUACUCAAAUAUAAGUGGAGCUGUCUAAGAAAGAACCAUUGAUACUAUAUGUUUCAUUCCAGUCAGUCUGUAAUUGUCUAAUCUCAGGAUAAGCAAUGUAAGUCUUUCAUCACAAAUCCAACUUCAUUAGACACCUGAGAAUUAAAUACUGGAGAGAAACCUAUGAAUUUGAUGAAUGUAAAAACUUUCAUCUCUGUCACAUGUCAAGAAAUACUGAAGAAUUCUUGUUAGAAAAAAUAUCUGUGUGUUAAGAAUGUUGGAAAGCCUUAAGCCUGAAGCAGAUCUCCUUCAGCAUGAUCAAAUUCAUACUAGAGAGAAACCUCAGGAAUGUAAUGAAUGUGGAAAAACCUUCAGCCUGAAGCAAAACCUCAUAGAGCAUAAGAAAAUGCAUACUGGAGAAAAAUCUCAUGAAUGUACUGAAUGUGGUAAAGUAUUCUCUCGAGUCUCAUCCCUUACUCUACAUUUGAGAAGUCAUACAGGAAAGAAACCAUAUAAAUGUAAUAAAUGUGGAAAAGCCUUCAGUCAGAAGAGAAACUUCCUUUCUCAUCAGAAACAUCAUACUGGGGAGAAACUCUAUGAAUGUGGGAAAGCUUCUAUUCAGAUGUCAAGCCUCAUUAAACACCAGAGGAAUCAUACUGGAAACAAACCCUAUGCAUGUAAGGAAUGUGGAAAAGCCUUCAGUGGCAAAUCAUAUCUCACUGAGCAUGAGAAAAUCCAUACAGGAGAGAAACCAUUUGAAUGUAAUCAAUGUGGAAGAGCCUUCAGCCAGAAGCAAUACCUCAUUAAACAUCAGAAUAUCCACAGUGGAAAGAAACCCUUUAAAUGUAAUGAAUGUGGAAAAGCCUUUAGCCAGAAAGAAAACCUGAUUAUCCAUCAAAGAAUACAUACUGGAGAGAAACCUUAUGAAUGCAAAGGAUGUGGGAAAGCUUUCAUUCAGAAGUCAAGCCUCAUUAGACACCAGAGAAGUCAUACAGGAGAGAAACCCUAUAUAUGUAAAGAAUGUGGGAAAGCCUUCAGUGGCAAAUCAAAUCUCACUGAGCAUGAGAAAAUUCAUAUUGGAGAGAAACCUUAUAAAUGUAAUGAAUGUGGAACAAUCUUUAGGCAGAAGCAAUACCUCAUUAAACAUCACAAUAUUCAUACAGGAGAGAAGCCCUAUGAAUGUAAUAAAUGUGGAAAAGCCUUUUCUCGAAUCACAUCACUUAUUGUACAUGUGAGAAUUCAUACGGGGGAUAAACCUUAUGAAUGUAAAAUAUGUGGGAAAGCCUUCUGUCAAAGCUCAUCUCUUACUGUUCAUAUGAGAAGCCAUACAGGUGAGAAGCCCUAUGGUUGUAAUGAAUGUGGGAAAGCCUUCUCUCAGUUCUCAACUCUUGCUCUACAUAUGAGAAUCCAUACUGGAGAAAAACCUUAUCAGUGUAGUGAAUGUGGGAAAGCUUUUAGCCAGAAGUCACACCAUAUUAGACACCAGAGAAUUCAUACUCACUAAAGCUUGAUGAACGCCUUGAAUUUAGGAAAAGCUUCAGCAAAACUCACUUAAUAAUAUACCAGGAAAUUCCUUUUACAAUAACAUGACUUGAAUGUGGAAAAUACUUCAACAGCAAGUCAAAACUUAAAUACUAACAAUUUUAAUAAGUAUCAUAGUUUAAAAUCCUAUACUCCCAGAACUCCCACAUUGUUGAUAUACUUUUAGGAGCAACCUCAUUGAAGUAACCAGUCAUGGACACUAAGCAACAUGGUUCUGGAAGGCCUACCUGAUGCAUUAAGACAAAGAAAUGAGAGGUAUAAAGAUUUGAAAUUACGAGACAAAAUUGUCAUUUUUAAAAUGUUUUGCUACAUAUGUAAUCAAAAUUACUCGUUCUUGAUGCAUUCAUAGAAAUCAAAGAUUGGGACAGAAUAUUGUAUUCAGAAACAUGCAUGCCUUUAUGGGGAAUUGGUAAUUGAUAGAGAUGGUAUCACAAGUUCGUAGGAAAAUCAUGGAUGAUUCAAAAAAUGGUCUCAGGGUAACUGAUUCUUCAUGUGGAAAAAAGAUCUCUGCCAUAGUAAUACAUUAAAGUAUUAUGAAAUUCAAAAGUAUUGUAAAGACUAGAAUGCAAAAAGCAAAACUUGGUAACAUAAGAAUUUUAUAGGAGAAUGUUUUCAAAACCUUGCAGUAGGAAAGAAUUUCUAAAAUAGAUUCAAGAAUACACUCUUGAGUAUACAUGCAUAUACCCAAGAAACUGAUACAUGUACUUAGAGAGUCAUGUAUCUUUAUGUUCAUUGCAGCAUGAAUUACAUGAGCAAAAAAUUAGAAACAAAUGUGUGUUGCUUGUGAAAUGGAUAAAUACAAUGUGAUGAUAGGCACACAGUAGAAUAUUCUCUAGUAGUUAAGUAUAACAGAUUAUAUAUAUAAAUAUAUUGACAGAAAGACCUGAAAAAUCAUGUAGAGUGAAAAAAUGAAGGGAUGAAUGUAUUCUAAUUGUUAACUCUGAAUUUGAAUUAAAUGAACACUAGUAUUAAGUGUUAGUUACGGGUGAACAUUUUUAUGUAAAACUGAAGAAUGGAUUGGAAGGAUACAGUCAUUUCCCGAAAGUGGUUGCCUCUAGAAAGAAAGGUAGUGGAAAAGAAAUGGGACCAAGCAUGGUAAUUAGAGGAUAUUUUCAAUUUUGUACCUAAACACCAUCAUUAAAAAAGAAAUAAAGAUUCCAACUAAAUAUAACAAUGUUAGUUAACGCUAGGUUCUGAUAAUAUAUGUGUUCUAUUGUUUGUGCUAUUUCUGAAAAUUAUAAAAGAUAAAGAUAGGAGUAGGAAAGCUGUACAUGGAGUAAAUGUAAUAAUGGGCUCACAAUCCCAGGCAGAUGCUAAUAUUUUAUAGAAAAUAUUUCUAAAAUCUUACCUUUACUAUAAGUCAUUUUUGAAAAUUGGAUGGUAGCUUAAAUUAUUUAAAUGUACUUUUGCAUGUCACAUCACUACUAUGUGUGGUCUCAACUCUGAAAUUAAAGCAUGAUUCUGCAACAGGUUAGGUGGGUUACAUAUAUUUAAGAAUCAUAUCAUUUAAUAAUACAUGCAGAGACUUGAUUUAAGAACUAGUUUCUACUGAAACAUUUAUCAGAAAUUUUAAGAGUCCACAUAACCAGUACUGACAUUAAGAAUUUGAUAUUUUUAAAAUGAAGAAACCAGUUACUCUUAAAUUUUUAAAUAUGCCACUGAGUAAAACUUCAACUCUUGCAUUUCACCUUCAGUUUUAACCUCAAGAUUUUUUUUUCUAUUCUGCCAGCUAUAACCAGUUGAUCCCGUUUGUUUCUUUGGUGAAAACGGUGCUAAAAAAGGAGAUCUGAGACCUUUUAAACAGUAUUCUUUUAUGUGAAGCAAAUCUUUUUGACAGUUUUUGCUUGCUUGAUCCCUUUCCACAACAACUUGACAUAUAAAGAGUUGUUAGUGCUCUUUUUGAACAGUGAUAAAAAUGAGAUGCAGCAUUUAAACUUUAGGUAUAUUUCAACUUUUUAAAUACAAAAUAAUGAAAUGCUAAUGAAACCAUAGUACUAUAUCACUUAUUAGCAGUUUUGAAGAUUGGUCUUGAGAUAAGAUUAUAAAUUCCAGGGUUGUUUAUAUAUGUUUAUCUACAUGAAUCUAAAUUAUCCUCUAUUUUCUUCCAUUCAAGCAUUCCCCUUUUAUUUCUUAAGUGUUUUGCUCUUCAGUUUGUGCAGCUUUGAAGUUGCCAGAGCAACUAAAAACUCUUAAUUCAGACCAAACUAGGAGGAUUACCUUUUGGUGCCUAUCAUGGGCUGGUGCCAAGGGGCAACAAUGAUUAGGAUAGUCAGAGUAAGGUGAGUAACACCUGUGAUACUGUAUACUGUAAAUGGACCCUGACAUUCUCUACUGAUUCAACUUGUUGCUAGUUAUUUGCAACCACAAACAACAAACACCACAGUAAGCAUUUUUUUUUUUUAACGUUCUUAAAAUCAGACCUUAAAUUUCAGAUAUUUUUUUUUCUGGGGAUUGAUUACAGGCAAAAGAUUGUUAGAUCAAAGGACAUACACUAUUUUUUAAUUUUAAUAGAUACUAUCAGUCAUUUUCAGAAACACAGCUUUCCUCUAACACUGCAAUAGAUGGUAAUAUACUACUUAAAUUUAUGUUUGUAUGAUGAGUAUACACCUUGACUGCUCCUAGAUUUGCUUCUUUGUAAAUUUUUGUAUUGUUGGCUCAUUUUCCUAUAGGAUUAUUUAUCUGUCAAUUUUGAAGACCUCUUUAUAUAUUAGACAUUAGGAAUUUGCCUAAUUUUUGUCAUAAAAAUAUUUUUUCCAUAAAAAGAUCUUAAACUUCUGUGUAACCUGAUAUGUAUUUUUUCUAAGCUUAUGGAUUGGUUAAAAAGAUACUUUAAUCUCUAGAUUGUAUAUGUAAUUUUUCUUAGGUUUUCUUGCAAGUUGUUUAUUGUUUACUUUUUUCAAUAUGUAAAUAUUUAUCUAGAAUUUAUUUUUUAAUGUCAUAUAAAAUGAGGAUUCAUUGUUAUUUUCUUCCAGAUGGGUUUUCAGUUAUAUAAGCACAAUUUGUUAAAAUAACCCAACUACUCAGCAGCCAGUCACACAGUUCUGACACCAAUCUGCAGUGUCCACCAACAGCAAUCACAGAUUUGAACUGGCAAUCAAAAAAAAAAAAAAAAAACCAAAAAAAACCAGAAUAGGCUUUAACCCAACAUUAGGUUUAUUAUUAGCUUUGUCCUAAACAAAACAAAAAACCACCUUUACAAUACUGCAACUAACCAAGCAAACAUACCUUCCAGGACCUAUGUACUGCUGAGGGGAGAAAAAGUUAGAAUGGGUGUAGUUCACCUAAGCCCUGGGAAACAUUAACGUUCUCACCCAGGACAUCUUACUAUAACCCACCACUGCAUCUUACACACCCAGUUGUAAGACUGAAACCCACUUAAGCACAGGGAAACUACUGCCUUGGUUUCCCAAGACGGAUGAUGCCUUAGUCAUAUAGGCUAUUAAUGUCUACAUGCCAAUUCACAGCUCUCCCCUCAUCUAGGUACAGGAUACAAAUGAGGAAUCUACAGUAGUAGUUUCUUCAAGGAAACUGGUACAAAGGCAAAUCUAAGGUCCUCUUUCUAGACAUGGGUUAGUAGGAAAGACCUGUUGUUUUUACCAAUACCACCCUUUUCCUAUUUAACUGACUCAGCUAUGUAAUCCUUUAACCACAUGAUCUUUUCCUCAUUCAACUGAAACUGCUUGUACUUUCACUUGUACCAAGACCUAUUUCUGUAUUCUUGUUUCACUAAUCUAUUUUUCUACUUCUAUACUAAUACCAUAUUAACUGAUUUAACAUUAGCCUUACCGUAUUUUGAUACUGCGUAUUAGACCAAGUCCUCCUCACUGUUUUUCAUAGUUUUAUUGGCUAUUCCAGUUUUCUUUCUAUUUAAAUGAAGACUGUUCUCAAAACACAAAACCCUUUUGAUAGUUGGAAUUACAUUAAAUUUAUAUACUUAUUUUGGGAGAAAUAACAUUUUUGAUUUUAAGUCUUUGUGACCCAAAUUGUAGUGUGCCUUUGCAUUUCUUCAAACUAUGAUCAUGUCCUUCAGCAUGAGGGUUCUGAGCAAAGUAAUCUGAAUAACAUCCCUGCUUAAUAUUAGAAAAUUUGUUAGUAGGAUGAGUAAGAAAAAUCCCUAUUAGGGACUAAAUGUUUGUAGCCCCUCAGAAUUCAUAUGUUGAAGCCCUGAUUUCUAGUGUGAUGGUGUUUAGAGAUGGAGCUGUAAGGAAUUAGGUUGAGACUAGGUCAUGAAGGUGGGACACUCAUAAUGGGAACAGUACCCUUAUAAGAAGUAGAAGAGAGAUUAUAAGAACAGGAAGAGAUUUCUUCCCAUGGGUAUACACAAAAAGUCAUGUGAGACAUGAGUAGCACAGUGAGAAAGAAGCUGUCUACAUACUAGGAAUUGGACCUUCACAGGGUUUGCCAGCCUCAACAAUUGUAAGAAUAAAUGUCUGUUUAAACCCUCCA